GGUCCACUACGUCAUUACGUGAGCCAUGCACGAUCCUACGGGACUCACCUUAUCUCCGCAUCUUACAUGUCGGCACGUCUCAUGUUGUUAAACCAACCGGUUUAACUCUCUCCCAAUUUACUAUUUAAAUCUUCUAGAGCUUCAGGGUGCAUGUUAUUGGGCUGGUACUAUAGCCCAUUGACUGUUGUGAAUCUCAUACGGUCACCCAAGUCGUUGACGUCGCCAAUCGCCGCACUUAGAAGCUAUCACGGCCUUAUCGGAUAGAGCUGUUCUAGAAACUCUCAAUCGCAAUGCCGUCUCUAUUCCCGACAUCGGACGCGCUCAACAGCGUGUUCCAAUCGUCGGGUCUUAAAGCCGAUGCACCCGCCCAACCAACACGAACUCCAUUGCAAGCGCGUGCUGAGCUCUUCCCGACCUGGUCCACAAUUGACGAUGCCAAAGACAAGGCCAAAGCUCUCAGUGAUGAGGCUGCGCGGGAGUUCGAAAAGGCCAGUGCCAAGGCGCAAGAGAAGACAGGCCGUAUCGAGCUCUACUCCGGGAAAUACUAUGCCGCCUGCUCCUUUGGUGGAUUGCUUGCCUGCGGCUUGACGCACACAUUUAUCACGCCCCUCGAUCUCGUGAAGUGUCGUCGCCAAGUCGACUCGAAGCUCUACACGGGUAACUUCCAGGCCUGGGGUAAGAUUGCCCGGGCUGAGGGUUUCCGGGGCAUCUACACCGGAUGGGGCCCAACAUUCUUUGGGUACUCGGCACAGGGCAUGUUCAAGUAUGGUGGAUACGAGUACUUCAAGAAGACAUACAGUGACGUUGUUGGUCCAGAAGCGGCAGUAAAGUACAAGACCGCAGUGUACCUGGCCGCAUCUGCCUCUGCAGAAUUCAUUGCUGACAUCGCGCUCUGCCCCUUCGAAGCUAUCAAGGUCAGGAUGCAAACCACCAUGCCACCUUUCGCUACGGGAACAUUCAACGGUAUGAGCAUCAUCACAGCCAAGGAAGGCUUCGGCGGGCUCUACAAGGGCCUAUACCCACUCUGGGGCCGCCAGAUCCCCUACACCAUGAUGAAAUUCGCCUCCUUCGAAACCAUCGUCGAAGCGAUCUACGGCUACCUCCCUGGCAAGAAAUCCGAUUACGGCAAGGCCGCCCAAACCGGUGUCUCCUUCACCGGUGGUUACCUAGCUGGUAUCCUCUGCGCUAUCAUCUCGCACCCUGCAGAUGUGAUGGUGUCGAAGCUCAAUGCGAAUAAGCAGCCUGGUGAGGCGGCUGGUGCGGCUACCUCGCGCAUCUACAAGGAGAUUGGGUUCAGGGGCUUGUGGAACGGGCUGCCGGUUAGGAUUGUUAUGAUUGGAACGUUGACGGGGCUGCAGUGGAUGAUUUAUGAUUACUUCAAGAUCGUUAUGGGGUUCCCGACUACGGGGGGGAAGUAAGGGGCGGAUGAUGGGUG